AUGCCGACCGGUCUUGUAAAUCAUCAAACAACGGAAACUUACAAGCCUUGGUCGGAAAACGGAAACUCCCUUCCCGUACUCCUCACCGUCACCCUCCUCGUAUUCGUCCUCUUCGGCUUCUUCUCCGUCUACUUCUGCCGGUACCUCGCCAGUCCUACCUGGCUCCGUCGGAGGAACUCCGCCCCUGACAUCGCAGCCGGUGCACAGAGCCAGAGCCCCAGCAAAGGCCUCGAUCCGUCGCUCCUCUCCUCCUUCCCAACGUUCGUGUACUCGUCGGUGAAGGACCUCCGCGAAGGGAAGUACGGCCUGGAAUGUGCCGUCUGCCUCUCCGAGUUUGAUGAGAAUGACGUCCUGAGGCUGCUGACGGUCUGCAGCCAUGUGUUCCACCAUGACUGCAUUGAUCUCUGGCUCGGGUCCCACACCACGUGUCCCGUCUGCAGGCAGGAUCUCAACCCGGUGGAGAAAUCGCUGGAAGUCAGAAUUGCGGUGGCGGAAAGUGACAAUCGAGGAACGGAUCAAGGGUUAGGAGAAGAAGAAGAGGAGCAACAGCAUAGAAUGUCUUUCAAAGAGGAGGAGGAGGGGAGAGGUGAGGGCGGUGCUGAGGCGGAGGAUGGGAGGAGGAGACACUUGGCGGAUUUGGAUAGGCUACAUAGGUCCAACUCUACUGGACAUACGGUUGAAAGGAGUAGGGGUACGGACGACCGAUUCACGUUGAGACUGCCAGAGGACGUUAGGAAACGGAUUUCAAGGGAACGGAAUUGGACGGGAAGCUGCGUCACCUUUGGAGAUUUCUCCGGUAAUGCCGAUGCCGCUAAGAAUGACGUGGACACCACAGGGUCGCGGCUCACUGACUGA